AACAAAGAAUAGUGCCAACAGUGCCAGCCUGUUUGCAGGCUAAUUAGUAUUCUUACUUCACACAGAGGGUCUGGUUGUUUAAAAUCCUAACUCCUAAUUUUUCCAUUUUAAACAUUUUGUGUGUAACAGUGUGUUGAGAAUCAUGAUGAUAAACAUCGAUUGAGUUUUGACUAAUUUUGAAGAUUGUCGAUUCUCACUUCUAACUGUAAAAAUUGAACUAUUUCAUUUUGUCCCGUGCGGAAGCUGUGGAUUCCAAUUUCAAGAUGGCGGAUUGAUUGUAUAACAUUAUUACCACUGAUUAUUACAUGCACAAAGAUGCCAUUCACAAAAUGUCUCUGUUUGGGAGCUUUUCUUGCGGGAAACUUAAAAAAGAGGAAAAGAUGGACCUUAAUACCACAUCAUAGGGAUUAUGGAGCAGAGGAGGAGGAGAUGAAAAUUUCUGGUGUAUCUCUCAUUGCUGAUUGAUGGAUAAUUAUGAAAUAAUCAGUACCAUUGGCCGUGGUGCAUCAGGAAAGGUGUUUUUGGUUCGAAGUUGCAAAGACCAUAGACAGUAUGCUAUGAAACAGAUCAUUCUUAAUUCAAAAUCCAAUACGAAAGAAUCAGUUCUGAAGGAAGCAAGGAUCCUUUCCAAACUGAAGCAUCCUCACAUUGUGACUUGUUAUGAAUUUUUCUUUGAUGAGCGUGAAGAAUGUUUGUCUAUUAUUCAGGAUUAUUGCGAUUGUGGAAACUUGGAGGAUCAGAUAUUUUUGAAAAAAGAGAAACAUAAGAACAUCGAAGAAGAUCAAAUAAUGGAGUGGUUUGUUCAAAUACUCAUGGCUGUUCAAUAUAUUCACUCAAAAAAGAUCUUGCACAGAGAUUUAAAGACACAGAAUGUCUUCUUGAGCAAAAGUAAUAUCAUCAAGAUUGGAGAUUUUGGAAUUGCGAGAGUAAUGGAGAACACGUUGGAUAUGGCGGAAACAUGCUGCGGUACUCCUUGCUAUUUGAGUCCAGAGUUAUGUCAAGAUUUACCUUACACCUCAAAGGCAGAUAUCUGGGCUCUUGGCUGUUUGCUUUACGAGUUAUGCUGUUUGCGUCCUGCUUUCAGUGCUGGCAAUAUCGUGAGCCUGUUUUACAAAAUCGUGUCUGGAGAGUUUGAGCCUUUACCAUCGAUGUAUAGUGAGGACCUUGCAAAAAUUAUUUCUCAAAUGAUGCUGAAAUCACCAGAAGAAAGGCCAAGCGCCGCGUCAAUUCUCGAUGCACAAUACGUAAAGCAUUAUUUAUCGCUGUUUAGUGAUGGAAAACAGAAUUCAAAAGAGCAGCAACGUUCUAGUGAUGAGGCUUGUCGUAGCUCAAGUCAAGACCAACGACCUUCAAUCCUGUCUCACGAUGAGCCAAGCUGUCCUGAAUAUCCCCAUGAUUUUGAGGCGUCGUCAUCGAACGAUGAACGUGAAUAUUCGGACGACUUUGACGAUACGGAUGAAUCUGUGAAGGAACCGUUGGCAGCUAGUGAGGGAGACUGUUCGGCGAGUAAAGUUUGUGUAAAAAUGGAGAGUUAUUCCGAUGAAGAAUUUGAGUCUGAUUCCGAGUCCGUACAAGAUGUGCUUACUUCAGCGCUCGCCGAUCAAGAUUUACAAGUUGACGAAGAAACGGUAGAAGAUGAUGAUUACCAUCUGACAACAAGAACGUGAUGUUACAACGCACGUAGCGUUUGAUUGCGAUGUGCUGGAUCGCACGGAUUAACAAUGAAACUAGUCGACAUCUGUGAAUUUAACUGCAUUAGGAAUGGAACUUUUGAUCACGAAGAAACCUUUUAAAGAAUUUUCUUGCUCCUUACCGCAAGUCAAUGGUUAUUCUGUAGUUUAUCUUUGAUAACAAAGCCAUGAUGGUGAAGUCUGUCACGUUAGUGUUAACUAGCGAAAACACCUGAACUAUUAUACGUUCAAUUUUUUUGGACUUAUCAACUACGAGACGUCAUUGCAAACGUAAGUACAUGCCACGUACUUUAAAGAUUUGUGCUUGUACAAAGCAAAGUUUGUAAACUGAGGUAAAGGAUGAGUACCGUCAAAUUUUUACUCAUUACUAAAAGCAUUCGAAUUUGAUCGCUGAUGUGUUGGAUGGAGCUAUCUCACGUAUAAACAGGCAAAGUCGACAACAUCUGUUAAUGUAACAACAAAAUGAAUGUAACAUUGCGCAAAACCACCUGCUAUAAAGUCAAAGGAUGGUUAUUUCGGUGAUUUGUUUAAGUACGAACAAUGAAUGUUCAACAAAUAAACAAUCAUGUGGAACAAAUACUUCAUGACAUACGUAAAACCACGCUUAUAAAGAUAUUAUGAACAGUUAAAAUAAUUUCUAUUACUGAGUUUUUAGAGAAUGGAAUGCGACACUUAGUAUAAAUUCAGAAAAAAAAACACGCUCUCCGAUAAGAAUGAUGAAGGAGAAAGGAGGAGGAGAGCGAAUAAAAAAAGAGAUAGGCUCUCACUCAAAUAACCACUCUUAAAUACACUAAGUCUUUUGAUAAAA